AUGCUCUCUCCAACUCUUACAAGAUGCUCCUCCUCUCUCAAAUCUUAUUUCCUCAGACCCAAAUCUUUCUCUUCUUCUUCUUUAGAAUUUUCACCAUGGUCUGGUCUGCAAUCAUGGAGAGACAGCCCAUUAAACAAGAACCGGUUUUGGGGACCCAGUGGCCCACAUACACCUCCCUCUUCAAUUGACACUAAUGAUGCCUCAUUGGACUCUGCUUCGUCUCUUGCGGAACUUGGUGCUCUUGUUCUUUCUACUAGUGACCCUCUCUCAAAAUCUAAGCUUUCCCAUUUGGCUUUCUCCAGGUGGCGCAAUGAGAAGCUUCCUGUUGGUGUUUAUGACCCUCCUUCGAGACCUGCUCGGCCUCCUAAACCUGAAUUGGUUUCCCCAAAGGAAAUUCCAGCUCCUAAAGAUUCAGGCUUACCUCUCAAUGCUUACAUGCUUCACAAUCUUGCACAUGUGGAGCUUAAUGCAAUCGAUUUGGCGUGGGAUACUGUUGCUCGAUUUUCGCCUUAUAGUGAGAUUUUGGGAGAAGGAUUCUUUUCUGACUUUGCACAUGUUGCUGAUGAUGAGAGUCGCCAUUUUGCUUGGUGCUCUCAAAGACUUGAUGAGCUGGGUUUCAGGUAUGGAGAUAUGCCUGCUCAUAAUUUGCUUUGGAGGGAGUGUGAAAAAUCGUCUGAUGAUGUUGCCGCGCGACUGGCAGUAAUCCCACUAGUCCAGGAAGCUAGAGGACUUGAUGCGGGGCCAAGGCUAGUGCAAAAGCUGGUUGGCUUUGGAGACAAUAAGACAUCUAAAAUUGUGGCUAGAAUUGCAGAUGAGGAAGUUGCUCAUGUAGCUGUUGGUGUCUACUGGUUUGUUUCCGUCUGUCAGAAAAUGGGUUGUGUUCCUUGCUCCACUUUUAAAGAUUUGUUAAGGGAAUACAACGUGGAGUUGAAAGGGCCCUUCAAUUAUUCAGCUAGAGAUGAAGCUGGGAUUCCCCGUGACUGGUAUGACAAUUCAUCCACAAAUAAACAAGACAAGGUUACAAAACCGGUUACCAAUGAGAAGCUUUCUGUGGUUACUAUUAUCCUGUGUGUGUCCUUGUUGUUUGUGCGUGACAGUGGUAGUGGAACUGGCUCUGGAGUUGAUCAAGGCCCCUAUUCAUGUCAUGGAGUGGUUCACUGA